GAAGAUCGGGAAAACCACGACCUCGUGCAACUUUGAACAGCAAUCUCACCUCUGCAGACGUAUUUCAGACAACUCUUCGCGUCAAGUCCGGAUAUCCGCCACUUUCUGCAGCUCCUUCGGUAUAUAAAGGCUCUAAAUCCCCCGUUCAAUCGCUCGUCACGUCACAUCGGUAUUCUUCAGUUCCCUGCAAAACGCGUUUCGCGAUGAUGCUCGCCAGCCACCAUCGCGAUAGGGAUCUUUGACUAUUAUCCCUUAUAACCCGGAUCUUCCACCAACCCCACUUUCUCUCUCGACCUCCACUCACUCCUUCACCCUCACUGGGUCCUUCUUCUGGCGGUCAUGGCAACACCGUCCAGUUAUUCGAGGCAUGAGGGCAUGCAGGCCGUAUCGACUCCAGUCUCUGCCAACGAGGAUCACACCAUGGACGAGAUACCACGUCGUCUCAUGCGAGUCAAGGUUUUGUACACGUUCGAAGACGAGAACAAGUCGAAUUGCCUCGCACGAGUGCCUCACGCGUUGAGCAUACCUACUGUCUCCCUAGACGAAAACACCCAGCUAGGAGUGGUAGAGUUGAAAACGUGCAUUCAAGCCAUAGUCACGGCAAGUCCUGAGUUGGUCGCCAAGCUCGGCCAUGACUAUACGGUAUACGCCUACGACUACUCUGAAUAUGAGACACCCCUUGUCGGCCAGGGCCUGCUCUCACGUAUCCUCGCGUCCGCAUCCCCGACCCCCAAGGCACCAGCUGAUCAGUCAGAAACGAUGGUAACUGGCCGCGUCUGCAAGAACAUCCUGGGGCUUUUUUCAAAUGGUAUCAAGGAGACGUUGGAAGUCAAACUUAAGCUCAUACCCGUACCAACUUGCAUGCAGAAAGACUAUGUUGAGAACAUGGAACGCUAUCACAGCUUGAGCCAGUUGAUACCUAAUGGUUUCGAUUAUAGUGCGUGGUCAGAUUUUCUCAAGGAGAACCCUACGAUUGGACAACUCACACAGCCCGUAUCUGUCAACCCAUCCUUCAGCCUGCCACCUGACUUCAUGAGUGGCGAAGAGAGCUUUACGCAAUUGUUGCCUGGUACCAUAUCAUCGGAGAACCAACCGAAGCCAAGCAACUACGGGGAGGGCUCAUUUGACAAUGGCGAUUUUAGCAGAAGGCCUUCGAGCUCAGCGAUGAGCGUUACUCCCUUUGUCCCUUAUCAGCCUCCAAUUGAAUCUCGGCCGGCAUCUCGAGCUUCCUACCAGAGCGAACCCGCACAGCAGUUUCAAGACCAAGCACCGUAUCCGAUCAUCCCCCUUGACCAACAGGACGAUGGACCUCCGAAAAAGAGAGCGCGCAUCACGAAAACCACGAGACCGAAGAAGGCCGCACUGGGUGUCAACAAUGACUCAUUAAGGGUCACCGCUAGCACUGCCGCCUCUGUCCGUCUCCAUCGGCCAGUAGCAACCAAUAUUGCCACAGAGCUUGCGUCUAACGAACAAGCACCACGUGCCCCCACGCCUCGUCCAGGAGAUCGUUUCCUUCCUCGGUCUCAGAACUCUGGUCACCCUGCUGCUCGAAGCUCGUUGAGACAUGCCUCCAUAGACGAAGGACGCCCGAACAUGACCUCCUUUGACUCUGGUAUUUUCUCCGACAACGCAAUAGACUCCGCCGACGAUGAAAGAGGCAUCAGCCCUGGCGAGACACCGAUGGAUAUCCCUUCAUCACCCCCGGUAAUGACGGGAUUUUCUCAACGCUUUGCCUCCUCAGCUCCUUCCAGCCCUGGCCUCCCUGCUCUUCCAUAUCCGACGGACUCCGGGUUUGGUAGCGACCUGCCUCAGGGUCGAGAAGACGAAGAAAUGGGGGCCGAUACCCCAAGCACGAGGGAUGCUAAGGUUCGAAAGAGGCCGGACAGGUCGGGGGUUCCGUGGACUGAGGUCAAUCCAGGGCCAAUGGAGCUUCUCCCCAAAUCCUAUGUACCGAAGCCGAAAUCGUAUCCUCGACAACGCUCCAAGGCAAUGCUUGAUAAAAUGGAGAAAGUUCCAGAAGAGCAGCAGCCAUCUGAGCGCGAUCCGUCAGGAUGUAUGCCCAAGGGCCCAGAGGUUGAGCCUACGGCACCAAAGCAACCUGAAAUGGCCAAUGGACAUAAUAUCAACCAAGAGCCGGAGGUUGUACCAAACCCAGUCAUUCCCUCCACCGAAUCACAAACUCCUAUUCCACAGGACCAGCCCCAGCCUGCGAUCAGCAAGUCACGGCCAGAACAGUCCAAUGCUGCGUCACCAGAUGCCCUACCAUCCCCUCAACCCACCAUUACUGUCGUCAAAGAGCAGCCUGAGAGCAGGUCAGCUACGCCUAAUCCUCCGCCCAAACGCCCUAGGACAACGAAAGCACGUGGCCUACCCCGGUCUCACACCUGGUCUGGGGAGCCAAUGUCGGAUUCAGUAGCGCCCUAUGAGUCUUCCAAUAUGCCACGCAGUGGGUCCGGGGCGAAGAGGAAGCAGGAUAUUACAGUGAAAUUGGACCAAUCAAUCGCUGCGGGGGAAAUGCCCACUUAUUGUAACAACUGUGGCGAAAUUGAGACUCCUACAUGGAGGAAAGCCUAUACCCGGAUCGAGGAAGGGACGCCGCCUGACAUAGGGACCAUUAAGGGGACUGGCAUCGUUGCCUUCGAGAUGAUUGAGCCUUCGUAUGAGGGUGACGUUACUCCCAGGUAUCGCAUAUUCAAACAAACUCUAGGUUCACAGGAGCGGGAUACGGAGAGCUAUUCCGUCCUGACACUGUGCAAUCCAUGCGGUCUAUGGUUGAACAAGAGGAAGGCAAUGCGCCCACGCGAGCAAUGGGAGAAGAGUGCUCGACAAGAAGAUCCAGAUAAGCCGAAGAAGAAGCGAAAGCCUAGGCCUCGGAAGUCUGCCAAAGCUCAGGACGACGAUACCUUCUCUGAUGCAAUUGUUCCGCAAUCUGAUCCUGUCGUAGCUGGGUUAGACAGGAACGUACUUGCUGGCUCCGUCGAAGCUCGUGAUCCGAGCCUAUCAGCUCCACACCCGGCUACAGACCGGAAGGACGACCCUCGAUCUACCAAUCCGGCGGCAGCAGCAGCCCUCCAAAGAGCCAUUCAGUCUAGUCCACCAGGGUUUAUGGGAACUAGGAAUUCCCCGAUUGAAGUCGAGCCAGAUCUUACUCCCAAGCCUACACGGAGACUACUAUUCCCUUCGCCACGUAGAAACGGAGAAACCAAAUCGCUCAGUGAUACCGAGUCUGUAUCACCGUCUGCAAGAUCGAAGACGGUAGAUUCGGUCGAAUCGAGGAGUAAGCCGUCCGAUGACAACGACGACCUGGAUAAGGAAAAUUGCCCACCGCCGGUUGCUCAUGAUGAUGGCUUAGCGCACUUGUUCGAUGAGCCCUUGUCUCCCAAAACAACCCCGGUAAAGGGCGCACAGCUUCAAGAUCUUCUCAAAACACCCACGCCAGGCUCGAGACGACGCGGCCCCUUCACUCCUAAGGUUGGCGUAGAUGGCAGUGCUGACCUCGCUUUCCUUAUGACUCCUACACGAAACAUCAUGACUCCAAACCGCAACGCAAGGGCGGCCACGAUCGCGCCCGAAACUCCUUUCACCCGCCAACUCAAUGCCCUCUUGUCGGAUUGCAUCACCUCGCCAUCCCAGGCUAUCGAUUUCUCGGCCUUUCCUCCCUUAUCCUUGACCCCCCGUUCUAGCGCUCAGUUCACCGACUUCAUGCCUGACGAUUUUCUAUCCAGCGACAUGCCCGUCCCCAGCAGUCCACCAGGCGGUCUUGGCUUCUCUUUGUACGAAGACCCGGCGACUAGCACCGUCGGUCUAUGGAGCGGAGCCAGCGUAUUUGGCGGCAGCGAUCCUCUCGGCAUGGACCAGGACUUGAAGCCCACGGUAUCUGCAGUUGACAGCCAAGGCAGCAGUCCACUCAAGACCACGACAACAGAGAUCUCAGUGGACUUUGCAAGCAUGAUCGAAGGCGUCGUCGCUGCCGCCGCCGCCUCCGCCGCCGACAGCAGUAAGGGAUCGUCCCCUGCAUCAGGCGCCCAUACUCCCGAUGCACCACCCUCUUGAAUAUACCCACAGUCUUCCGUCGUUACGGUCUGAAAAAAGGACUACAAUACCCUUCUUCCUUCACAUAUUCCCCCGCGGGUACAUUACAUGACCCCUUGUUUUUCCCUCCCGCUUGGCGUUCGUCGGGGGUUUCCUUAUUUUUUUUGCAUGAGCGAAGGUUUCUAGGAUACGAAUUUUUGGAAGAUACGUGUGAUGAAUUGCAUGCAUCUUUCUCUCCCGCCCCCUACUUUCCAUUUUACACUUCCUCCGUCUGCUUUCUCUUGUACUAUACCACACAUAAAGACCGCAGGUGUCUAUUUUUUUCCGUCGAAGAGGGGUUCCAUGCAGGCUCCUCGCGAGCGUAUAUAUAUGUGUGGAGGGGAGGGGGUUCACGAGCGAGCGAGCGAGCACGGUGAGGACAGAAAGCGAAGACAGUCUUAUUGAUAGAUAGGCUCGGCCACUUGGGCUAGGCUGGGCUAAUAGAUACACUUUUGAAAC